AUGCGCCAGAGAGACCGUUUUGUCUUUUGUGCCAAAGCUAUUUAUGAAUCACAGGCCGAAACCGGUGAAAUCAAGGGGCAUUACUUGAAUGCGACUACGGGUACAUGUGAAGAAAUGAUUAAGAGAGCUGUAUUUGCAAGAGAAUUAGGGGUUCCUAUUGUAAUGCAUGACUACUUAACUGGGGGAUUCACCGCAAAUACUACUUUGGCUCAUUAUUGCCGCGACAAUGGCCUACUUCUUCACAUUCACCAUGCAAUGCAUGCAGUUAUUGAUAGACCGAAAAAUCAUGGUAUGCAUUUCCGUGUAUUAGCUAAAGCAUUGCAUAUGUCUGGUGCAGAUCAUAUCCACUCCGGUACAGUAGUAGGUAAGUUAGAAGGGGAACGCGAAAUGACUUUAGGUUUUGUUGAUUUAUUGCGCGAUGAUUUUAUUGAAAAAGAUCGUGCUCGCGGUAUCUUUUUCACUCAGGACUGGGUAUCCAUGCCAGGUAUUAUACCGGUAGCUUCAGGUGGUAUUCAUGUUUGGCGUAUGCCAGCUCUGACCGAAAUCUUUGGGGACGAUUCUGCAUUACAAUUUGGUGGAGGAACUUUAGGACAUCCUUGGGGAAAUGCACCUAGUGCAGCAGCUAAUCGAGUGGCUUUAGAAGCCUGCGUACAAGCUCGUAACAAAGGGCGCGAUCUUGCUCACAAAGGUAAUGAAAUUAUCCGAGCAGCUUGCAAAUGGGGUCAUGAACUAGCCGCAGCUUGUGAAGUAUGGAAGGCGAUCAAAUUCGAGUUCGAGCCGUUAGAUACUAUUGAUUAACUAGAUAAAACUAAAGAUAAAGAAGGUAUAAAUAAAAAAUAAAUGAAAUAAAAAGAGAAAAAAAUCAGUUAUGAAAUGCAGUAAUUCUUCUUUAUUCUUCUAACUGAUUGCAAUUAAACUCGGCUCAAUCUUUUUUUUCUAAAAAAGAUUGAGCCGAAUAAAAAUAGAUCAUGAUAUGAUCAUGAGACUUGACAAAUUGAGAUUCGUCUAUUCUAUAUAUCUAGAAUAUAUAUAUUAAGGUAUAAUACAAUAAAGAAAUACAAAUAAAAUAAUAAAAUAAUAAAAUAUAGUAUUAUCAUAUGAUAAUGAUAAUGGAAUCAAAUACGCAGUAUUUACAGAAAAAAGUCUUCGUUUAUUGGGAAAGAAUCAAUAUACUUUUAAUGUCGAAUCGGGAUUCACUAAGACAGAAAUAAAGCAUUGGGUCGAACUCUUCUUUGGUGUUAAGGUGGUAGCUGUGAAUAGCCAUCGACUACCUGGAAAAGGUAGAAGAAUAGGACCUAUUCUGGGCCAUACAAUGCAUUACAGACGUAUGAUCAUUACCCUUCAACCGGGUUAUUCUAUUCCACUUCUAGAUAGAGAAAAAAACUAAAGGAGAAUACUUAAUAAUACGGCGAAACAUUUAU